CUGAGCUCCGUACCCUGCCGCUGCACCUGCCCGGGGACCUCGCCUGCCGCUCCGUGCGUCCCCCUCCGCCCUCUCGGUCUCCACGGCCCCGCGCCCUCAUUCCCCCUCCCGGUCCCCGCCUCCCAGCAGCAGUGUGAGUGCCACCAAGCCUUGCCCGAAGGAGCCGCCCCUUCUCUGCCUGCCGGCCAGGCGCCUCCCGCGGCCCACGGAGCCGCGGAGGGUACUGCGCGGCGGAUCGGAUUGCGCUGUGCCGUCGCCACCUCCACCCCCGGCCGCCGCGCCCUGGCUGAGAUGGGCCGCAGCAUAGGGGCCCUGUGUGCCGGAUGAUCUCGGCCGCGGCCCGGGAGACCCGAGCCGGCAGCUGCGCGCGCGGGGCUUCAUCCGGGUGCGCUCCCAACCACCUGGCUAGCUGCUCCCCGCGCCCCCAGCUCCGCGGACGAGGACCGCUGGGGUAGCGGCUGAGGGCGCGGCCGCUCCGGAGAGGCCGAGAGGGAGCGGCUCCGAGAUGGCCCAGAGAACAGGCUCUUUGGCGGUGGGUGCCCUACACGCGGUCGGGACCCUGGUACAGCGCCGGAGCUGGUAGCUUUCUGAGCCACAUGGACCUUGACCCGUGCCGCGGCACCGCGUUUGUGCCAAGCCGAGACUAGAGGGGCACCGACAGGGCGCGCUCCGGGAGGGCACCGGAGUUUCAGGCCGCGCUCGCCAUGAAGAUGAUCCUGGUGCGGAGGUUCCGUGUGCUCAUCCUGAUGGUGUUCCUCGUGGCCUGCGCGCUGCACAUCGUGCUGGACCUGCUGCCCAAGCUGGAGAGGCGCUCCGCGCGGCCCUCCGGGGAGCCAGGCUGCUCCUGCGCGCAGCCCGCUGCCGAAGCGGUGGCACCAGGUUGGGUCAAGGCUAGGGGCCGCCCGGGGGAGCCUCCGGCCGCAGCUUCCGCCACGGGCGACGCGGGCUGGCCCAAUAAACACACGCUGCGCAUCCUUCAGGACUUCAGCUCUGACCCGUCCUCCAACCUCACGUCACACUCUCUGGAGAAAUUGCCGCCAGCGGCGGAACCGGCCGAAGGCACCUUGCGAGGGCAGGAUCCUGUCACUCCCCGACCCCGAGACUUGGCGCACCGGCCGCUGCUUAGAGAUCCUGGUCCCCGUCGUUCCGUGCUGCCUCCUGGUUCUAGUGGGGACGGUUCCCUCCUGGCCAGACUGUUCGAACACCCACUCUACCAGCUGGCUAUUCCACAGAUAACUGAGGCUGACGUCCUUUUCAAUGUGAACACUGAUAUAAGAUUCAACCCCAAGGCUGCAGGGGAGAAUCCAGACUGGCCACAUGACGGUACUGAGGAUGAAGGGUUCCUUCCCACGGGGGAGGCGGCUGUGGACUCCUAUCCCAACUGGCUCAAAUUCCACAUCGGUAUUAACCGGUAUGAGCUGUACUCUAGACACAACCCCGCCAUCCAAGCCCUGCUGCGGGACCUCGGUGCUCAGAAGAUAACCAGUGUCGCCAUGAAGUCAGGGGGCACGCAGCUCAAGCUCAUCAUGACGUUCCAGAAUUAUGGGCAAGCGCUGUUCAAACCCAUGAAGCAGACACGGGAGCAGGAGACACCCCCUGACUUUUUUUACUUCUCGGACUAUGAGAGGCACAAUGCGGAGAUUGCAGCCUUCCACCUGGACAGGAUCCUGGAUUUCCGUCGGGUCCCCCCAGUGGCCGGACGGAUGGUCAACAUGACCAAGGAGAUUCGGGAUGUCACUCGGGACAAGAAGCUGUGGAGGACCUUCUUCAUCUCUCCAGCCAACAACAUCUGCUUCUACGGGGAGUGUUCCUACUACUGCUCCACGGAGCAUGCCCUGUGUGGGAAGCCUGACCAGAUUGAGGGCUCGCUGGCAGCCUUCCUGCCAGACCUGUCCCUGGCCAAGAGGAAGACAUGGCGAAACCCCUGGAGACGCUCCUACCACAAACGCAAGAAGGCAGAGUGGGAAGUGGAUCCCGACUACUGUGAAGAGGUGAAGCAGACACCUCCCUACGAUAGGAGCCACCGUGUCCUGGACAUCAUGGACAUGACCAUUUUUGACUUCCUUAUGGGAAACAUGGACCGCCAUCACUAUGAGACAUUUGAGAAGUUUGGAAAUGACACGUUCAUUAUCCACUUAGACAACGGAAGAGGGUUUGGGAAAUACUCCCAUGACGAGCUCUCCAUCCUGGUGCCCUUACAGCAGUGCUGCAGGAUCAGGAAGUCCACCUACCUGCGGCUGCAGCUCCUGGCCAAGGAGGAGUACAAGCUGAGCCAGCUGAUGGCGGAGUCCCUGCGGGGGGACCGGGUGGCCCCCAUCCUGUACCAGCCGCACCUGGAGGCCCUGGACCGGCGGCUCCGCAUCGUGCUGCAGGCUGUCAGGGACUGCGUGGAGAAGGACGGGCUAGGCCACGUGGUGGAGGACGACCUGGGCCCCGAGCACAGCACGCCGCCCCCCCAGAGGUAGUGACCAGCCCCCGCCGGCCCGCCGCGGAGAGAACACAGCGCCGAGGGAGCCCGCGGAGUCGGGACUGGCCAGGUGGAGGGCCCACCUGGGUCUGCGCUUUGUUUCCGGACCAGAGAAGUCAGCGGGGCGCUGGUGCUCACGGACAGAGGCGGUCUGGCGGCAGACACCCACCUUUUGUAGGAAGGAAGCCUUUAUUUACUAUUUUGUAUUUAUAGAUGGUGUAUAUGUAUAUACAUAGCAACGUCUCUAUGGACCUGGACCAUCUACCAAGUGACUGGAAGGACACCCUCUUCCCCCAAGGUGCUCUGGACCUGACUGAACCUGAAAGCCCUCUUCCUCCUCCUCCGGCCCUGGCACACUUCAGGGGCGAAACUGCAGGAGGCUUCUGCUGGCCCUGGGGGAUUUGCAUUGCGAGGAUCACUUUCAGAGCGACAUAGAUGGAGGCGACUGACCUUGCCCUUGGCCAAUCAGCAGGCUCAGGGCUUUCCUGGUGCCAGAGUGGUGCCAUUUUCUUCUGAUAGUGGAUGUCAUAGGGGUCCUCUGUGGCCCUGGCAGCAGGCCUACCUUUGCAGCAUUUUUGUGGAGUAGUUUGCAAUGUGGUAAAAGUGCAAUAAAGAUAAGGCAAAUGUG